AUGCCUGUACCACGUAGGAAGCGGAGGGGCUUCGAAAGAAGCUGUAGACACAAAAAGCAACUCUGGGCAGUGGUGGGUGUGAACACAAAGAAAGUCCUUGAGCCACUGACAAGUUUCAAGAAUGUCCGUCUCGGCGCGGGGCUGUGGAGCUCACUUGCCCUACAGACCGGGUGUCGGAGGGAAAAGCUGCCGACGCGUGGCCCCCGCAGCUCCAGCAGCGCCCGCAGCCGCCGCCGCCGCCGCAGCCCCGCCGGCCCCCGCCCACCGCCCAGGCCACGCCCGCGCCCCGCACACGCUGACGCGGGGAGGAGGAUGGAGCCGCGCCGUGCCCGCCGGGUCCCCGCGCCGCUGCUCUGCUUGGGUUUCCAUCUUCUACAAGCAGUUCUCAGUACAACUGUGAUUCCUUCAUGUAUCCCAGGAGAGUCCGAAGAUAACUGCACAGCUUUAGUUCAGACAGAAGAUAAUCCACGUGUGGCUCAAGUGUCAAUAUCGCAGUGUAGCUCUGACAUGAGCGGCUACUGUUUUCAUGGACAGUGCAUCUACCUGGUAGACAUGAGUGAAAAUCACUGCAGGUGUGAAGUGGGUUACACUGGUGUCCGAUGUGAGCACUUCAUUUUAACUGUCCAAAAGCCUCUGAGCAAAGAAUAUGUGGCUUUGACUGUGAUUCUUGUUAUCUUGUUGCUCAUCAUAGUUGCUGGCUCUGUAUACUAUUUCUGCAGAUGGUACAGAAAUCGAAAAAGUAAAGAACCAAAGAAGGAAUAUGAAAGAGUGGCCUCAGGGGAUCCGGCAUUGCCACAAGUCUGAAUGGUGCUAUGAAGCUUAUAGGCAGGGAUGCACUGCAUACCUGGUUAUGGUAAUAUUCCCAUUUUAUUAAUAAUAUUUAUGUGGGGUCAUGUGUUAAGUCAACAAUGAUGUAUUUUAAUAGACUAAGAAGAGUUUUUAUUUUUGUUUUAUUUUUGACAGACUGUUUGCUAAUGUAUAAUGUACACAAAAUAUUUACUAUGGAAAGAAAACGGAUAUUUUUGUAAGAAAUCAUUUCCUGGGCUAAAUGCUCUAUUGAAAGCUUUUUUGCCUUCUGUACAAUGCAUAGGAGUGAGCAAUGCCCAGUUCAUUGUUCAGGAAGUGUCAGCAAGUGACAGGUUUCUGUAAGCCUAAAUAUAUGGUCGAAUCAAUUGAAUAAGUAUACAUUUCUACUCCUCAAAUCAAUGAUAGUUGGUUUGACUAUAUCAUAGUCUGAUGUUUGAGUUAGCACCACUGUGCCUGUGCCAUGUGUCAAAACAGUAAUGCUGUGGGAAUUGGGGAGAAGCAAAUAUAGAUCACGCGCUAAACACUACAUAUUUGAAACAAACUAAACCCUGGAGGGCUCUGCUCCCUCCACACACAUCCUUAGCUAUAACUCACUCUUUCUUUGCCUGGAGAGAAGGUGCACGAUUCCCUAUUCCCAACCACAACUCCUACAGAUACUAGUCAUCCAUCUAACAGAUUCUUCUUAAGAAAAUGAAUUGAGAACUUAAUUUUAUACCAUCUUUUAUGUAAAUAGUAGAUAAUUUAUAGCUUCACAAUGUUCUCUGUUUUAGUAUGACAUUUAUGCUAGGUAACUGCUCAUGAGGCAAUUACAGAAAUCCACACGUGAAGUCAAAAUCUAUGCUUCUUUUCAAGAGUAUUUAUUUCUGUAGGGACUUGGCUGAAGAUUUCUAAGAUUAAAUCAUAGUCCAAAAUUUGAUGGACUAAUUACUAUUUUAAAGUGUGACAUAAGACAAUAAUUCUAUACACGGUCUAAAGAGAUCUAAAAGGAUAUUUCUGUUUCCCACUAAUACAGCUGAAGUCAAAUGUGCUGUGUAAAAAUACAUUUUAAAUCCUACACAUACUUAUUGACAUCUACUGUAUGUAAAGGAGGUCUGCAUAUUUGAGUGACCUUGAUUGCUUCAAAGAAAAUUUAUUGACUAACCAAGAAAUCAGCUGCAAUCCAUUUAUUUUGUUACAAAAUGGAGUCAUAUUGGUUUAUCUUAAGCAUCUCAAUUCAUAUUACAUAACUAAUUGUAAAUAAUAGUUUGGGGUGUUUUUUAAUCUUUAUUUAAAACCUAACCCCUGUAAAAGUUAAAUUUUUAUUUAUAAAUGCAUAUUAAAUAAUAAAAAAGGUAUGACACAGAUUGCUUUUAUGGGAGGAAAUUAGUAAAAAAAUAAUUGUUUUAAUGAGGUUGAUGCUGAACAAACAUAAAAAAAUGAUUGCUAGCAACUCAUGUUUCCUACAAACAAUGGAAACAUUUUGGCUCACAUUUAGUCUAUCUUCCUUAUUUUACAGAUUUCUCGCUGUAUAUAUUUCUAGAAAGGGCUAUCUAUACCCACCGUAUUGAGAAUAAAUGCAAACCCAAUGCAUAAAUUCAUAGUUUGUGGCUUCCCACCAAGGCCACAAAGUAAAGUUCUAAGAUUGGUACUAAAGAUAUAACCUCAUAAUUAAGAUUUGUGUAAUAUAUUAAAUAUUAAAAAUACAAUCAAAUGCUACUAUUCUUUUGGACAUUCUUUUGCUCUUAUCUCUCUGCCAGAGUCAAUGCAAGGGGAGAAAUGGUGCACUGGUAGGACAGAUUUUUAUUUUUGAGUCCUUGAGACGAGAAUUAGCUAAAUUCAACUGCCGUGAGGUAUCAAAUCAAUUUUUAUGUAGCAAAUACAUGAUACUAGCUUCUAAUUUCUGUUGAAUUCAGUAAUGCAGUUUAAAAAACUUAUGUCUGAUCCAUUUUGCCAGUUUUGCAGCAAUAGUCUGUCAGUAGACUUUUGGAAAAAAAUGUGUUUAAUUUGCUGCCCAAUACUUCUGAUUUUUUUCUACUCUUAUUUGUAUGGGAAAAAGGGGGAGUAACAACUGGUAUAUGCAGUGCUGCUGGAGUACAUUUUACUGUUUUGACUGAAGAAUAAUUUUAUCUAAAACAUAUCUGUUAUUCAAACUGGAUGAGGUUAAAUGUAAGAUAGUGAAUUUCUCUCCUCUUUUUUUGCACUCUGUAAUUGCACUUUUUAAGUUUGAAGAGCCAUUUUGGUAUACAGUUUAUAUUAAAGAUGCCAUGGAACAUAAAGUUGUAUCGCAUGCAGUUUAAAGUAACUUAUUUGACAAUGAAUUUUAUCAGAGUACUGAAUUGUAUCAAUUUGUUUGUGUUCAAUAUCAGCUUUGAUAAUAGUGUACCUUAAGAUAUUGAAGGAGAAUAUAGAUACUUUACAAGAUAUUAUUAAUUUUUAUUUAUUUUUGUUGGAAACUGGAAAAAAAACAAAAUUGAAAAAUAAAAAUGAAACACCUUGCAUUAAAAAUGUCA